UCCAGUGAACCAAUCAAAACUCGAAGUAAUUACAUGUAGCUGACGCAAAGCGCGGGAAAACGUGUGUGAGUGAGUCACAAUUGGCUUUGAUUUGACUUCUGAUUGGAUGAAAAAGUGGCGCGAGUUUUUUUAAACCAAUCGUGUAGCGUAGUUGAUGCAAAACCAAUUACUUUUCGACACUCAAAUGAAAACCGUUCUAUUACUUAAAAAAGCCUAAAAUAUAACCUGCCACAUUCUCCUGAGUAGGGUGGGAGCGAAAACAAAAUAUCAAACUCGGGUUCGCUUGUCCUUUUUCACACUAUUCUACCCCACUAAGGAGAUUGUUCACAGGCUAAAUAAAGAAACAAAGAACAAACCAAUCUUGUCGUGCUACUAUGCAGUACUAGGAGGGAUUCGUCCCCGAGACAGGUUCAGUCGUGAAAACAAUAAGAAGGUAUUUGUCCCUGGGACAAACCUCUUGCACCGAUUACAAGGGUAAAACACAUUAUGAGGAAAUCAAAUUAUUUUGAAACUCACGGAAACGCUCGCUCCCGUGCACGUUUUGCGUGUUAGAAACGCCUUUCUGUGCCUCGCGUUUAGAUGUCCUUUCUUGUCUUCAACGAGAGAGCAGUGAUACGCGCACAAUGAUGCGUGGAACGAGUCUGCAUAAUUUAUGCAUGCCGAUGUAGAUCGCUGGUGCAAAGGAAUGCCUGUUAUGCCGCGACUCUUGCACAUGCCACCGCGGUCAGAAGCAGCAAGGAUUGUUUCAGGAGAGAUUUAUACUGCAAUGUUGACACGAGAAGAGAAUGCAAGACAAACCUGGUAGCGUCUGGCCACAGUCAUAAGCCAAAGCAAGUACACUUUACCUGACCCGAUGUUUGCAUAAGUGGUAGCGAACAGAUUCAUAUCAUCAGAGCAGUACACAGGAGGUGGCAAAGUUUGUCGAGCAUGUGCAAUGCCUGAAAUUCCCGCGUGACUCUGGAUUCAGUAUCUUACAAGAUGAUCAACGAGACAAUAAUAGAAGAUGAAGAUUUGCUAUCGGCGUGGGUGAUUCAUUUUUCUCUCGCAGGAUGUAGGACAAGUGUUUUGAGAGAAAAACUCAAGAACUGUUCCAACAUACACUUCUGGGAGAGUAUCUCGUUUGAUGAAAGCCAGCAAUUUAACUUUAUCUACUUUUUGACGCAAAUGUUCCUUUCUGAAGACAUUGAAACGUUACGACGGAUUAUUCUAGAACCGGAAGAAGUUCAUGAGCUAGUUCAACAGAUGGCCUCCGUUCGCAAAAGUUUAAAUGAAUCUGGAGAGUUUAAUGAAGCCAAUUACCGAGCCGAAAUUGACAGACAGCCGUUCAUUCGAUGUAGCUCUAAUGACCAAAAAUGCGUCUCUUUUGAGCUCUUGGUAACAGAUCUGUUUGAUCCAGAUAACAAUUUGCGGCGCCUUUUGAGAGAUCUACAGGCUUCCAUUAACACCAGAAAUGUAGCUCGGGGAAUUGAGGUGCGUGACAGUUCUUGUGUGACGUCACACAAUGUCACAAAAUGCACGAAGGAUAAAGAGGAUACAAAGGCACCAUUUUCCCAGGGGUCAAAGCAAACACGGAGAAAAGGGACCAGAAACUGGAAGCCUACAUUUGCAGAGGAAAAUGCCCCUACGACCUUAUCUUCAUCCAAAUCACCAAUAAAAAGCACAGAAAAGAAUCCAUCGCAAAUAACACAAAAGAAAUCAAGAAAACGACGAAUCAAAUCAAGUGACAGAAAGUCCUUUCAUGGGGAAAACAAUAAAAUGAGAAGAAUAGAAACUUAUUUUAAACCAAUACCCAAGAAAAUCCAAAGAAAAUGUGGCAAUAUCCAAGAUAAAAAAGCAAAUGGGAGAUCCAGUUCGAAUAAGUUAGAAAUUUAUACUGUUGAGGAUGACUCUGACAUUUCAAUCGAGCUCACGGGAAAUGUGUUUCAUAGAGAUCAUGCGAGAGUGGAAACACAUGAUUCUGUGGUUGAUGAGCUGAAUUCGUUAGGGAUUGAAAGCCUUCAAGAAGAUUGCAUCACUUUAAGUGACAAAACAAGAAUGUCCAUUACUACACCAAUACAGGGGGAGAUUCUGGAGAAACAUCUCGACCCAAGGAGGGAAAAUUGCAAGGACAAGCAGCAACUGAAAGGAAAGGAACCCAGAGUUCGAAAUCAACAGGCGCUUGUGGAACGUCUGCUGACGAAAUACCAAGUCAACGCAACUCAGACGUCGGUGCAAGAGAUUUUUCCCAGGAAUAAAUACCUUCUUAUUGUUUUCACGAGUGAACCUGUCUCGGGGACGAAUCCCUCCUAG